AGCCCGGACAACCACCGGACUCCUUCUUCCCUCUCUAUCUAUCUCUCUUCUCUCUUCUCUCUUCUCUUCUCUCUCUUCACUUUCUUUCUUCUUUCUCUUCCUUCUCUUCCUUCUCUUCUCUUUUCCCUUCUUUCUCUUCUCUCUUCACCCAUCUAUCUCCCUAUCUAUCUCCCUAUCUAUCUCCCUAUCUAUCUCCCUCCCCUGUCCUGAUCCGUCCAGUCGGUCUUUCCCGUCUGGAAAACUAUGAUCAGUACACUUCUCUUCCUCCUUGAUCGUUCCUGUCCCUAAUCCGAUUCCCACCCCCUGAUCCUCUCUUCCCUUGGAUCUCUCUCCUCCCCUCCCUCGGAUCUUCCCUCCCCCUCCCUCUCUCCUAUCCAUAUCCUUUCCCGCCGUCUUCCUCCGGCUGGUCACGCGACACCUGGCCCCCCCGUCCCGUCCCUCUCCACGGAGGAAGGCCGUUUCGGCGACUGCUCGACUCAUCAUGUUUUCCGUUUCCGCCCCCACCAUCUCCGUGGGUUCCAAUAUCUUCUACUCCUUCGCCCUCGUCGUCAUCUCCGUCUUGGUCAUCCUGCUCCUGCGCCGCUUUUUGACCCUCCGGAACACCCCCGCCUAUCUCUCCGUGUCCGUCUUUCUCUCCCUGGCCCUACCCGCCGGCGUCGUCCUCCUCGUCCCCAUUGACCUCGCCUCGAGUUCCCGCGACGAUGGAGAUGGGCCACGGGCCAUCUGGCUGCCGGAGCGCCUCAUCCUGGUCUCCUGGCGCAUCGCCUACUGGUUGAUCUUUGUCCUCACCUGGGUUAUCCUUCCUUUGCUCGGGGAAUACAUCGAUUCCGGCUAUCGCGAUCCCAAAGGUCGCAUGCAGUAUUCCAUCCGUUCCAACGCCCAAUACCAACUCCUCGUCCUCAUCUGUUCCGUCGUCGGCCUCAUCUACAUCUCCGUCCAGGAGGGGUUCAACUUCACCGCCAUCAAGGGCGUCGUCAUGGCCCUGUCCUACGUCUGGGGUCUCGUCAUGGCCAUCUACCUCAUGGGCCACGGCCUCGUCUCCAUCCCCCGCGCCCUGUUCCGCAACGCCAGCGUCAGCGGCCGCCUGCGCCGCAUCCAGGUCUACGCCCCCAAACUGCAUGACAACCUGAUGGAUGCCGUCACGGACCUCGAGGGCCUCGAGGCCCAGGUCGGCCAGCUGCAGCGUCGCAAGACCGGCACCGCCCGCGACUUCCAGGACUGGAUCGAGGAGCUGGCCGAGACCUCCAACAUCCCCGAGGAGUCCGCCCUGCUCGGCCCCGCGGCCUCCCACACCACGGCCACCGUGCCGUCCGUCAUCACCGAACGCUACCUGGCCGACCUGACCCGGCGCAUCCAGCGCAAGCGCCACCUCAAGGCCCGCUUCGUCGACGAGUGGGAUCGGCUGGUCCUGACCGCCGCCGACAUGCAGGCCAUCAUCAACGCCGCCGCCACCCAGCGCCUCGACUUCCCCCAGUCGCAGCGCCGCUCCUUCUUCCCGGGGGUCCGCGCCCUGACCCCGUACCUGCGCUACCAGCUGUACGCCCGCGUCAUCCCGAGCAUCCGGCGGCUCCUGGGCGCCCUCUGCGCCGCCGCCUCCGUCUCCGUCGUCUGGUCCGAGGUGUUCAAGUCCUUCGCCCCGCGCCUGUCGGUGGUGACGCUGUCGGUCAUCUCCUACCACAAGGACCCCAAGCCCGUGGGCUUCUGGCGGCAGCUGACCGCGACCGGCUGGCUGCUCUACAUGUGCUGGGCCGCCCUGGCGGGCGUCAACGACGCCAAGGUGUGGGGGAACCGCGCCCUGGUGCGGCGGAACACCUACGGCGAGAGCGCCUGCUGGUACGCCGGCCUGGUGGCGCGGCUGGCCGUCCCGAUCGCCUACAAUUUCCUGACCUUCCUGCCGGUCGCCUUCCGCGAGAACACCACCUUCUACGACUUCCUCGGCAAGUCGAUCGACCUGACGCCGCUGGGCAAGGGCUUCGAUUGGUUCUUCCCGGUCUUUAUCCUGCUGCCCAUCGCCGCCACCAUGUUCAACCUGUACGGGCGCAUCAAGAAGAUCUGCGGCUUCGGCGUUCUGGAACCGGAGGAGGAGGACGACCUGGAGACCAACCCCAGCGGCUACGGGCUGGGCGGCUGGCGCGAGGGCCGCGAGCUGAUCGAGCGCGAGCUGAACGGGCUGGGAUCGCUGUCCCUGACGUCGCGCGCGGGGCGGUCCCCCCGCGUGUCGAGUCCCGUCAGCGGGAGCCCCCGGGGGUUCUCCUCGUCCCGGACGUCGGGCAGUGACGCCGUGCGCCCGUCGCGGUCCCCGCGCGGGGCGGUGCCCGCCGCCGCCGCCGAACCGGAGGAGGAGACGUUCCUCCAGUCGUUUGCGCACCGGGUGCGCAACACGUUCGAGACGGCCAACCCGCCGCAGUGGCUGGGGGGCGGGUUCCAGCUUCCCCGGUGGAUGGGGAAUGAGGGACGACCGACGGGGGUGCGACUGUAGGGGAUUCCCUGUAUUAUAUGAGUUAUAUUCACGUACAUAUUAUCAAUCAAUUGUUAUCUUAGUUUUGCCUGUCUGACUGUUCUGUCUAUUCGUCUGUCUAUUCGUCUGUCUAUUCGUCUGUCUAUUUGUCUUGUAUAUACACUGUCUAUUUGUCGGUCUAUUUGUCUGUCUAGAUGUCUGCCUGAGUAUAUUGCCUGCCUACAUUUCAGCCUCCUAUAUUUCAG